AUGAAGUCAAGCUCUGAGACCACCAGGUAAUGUUUUUUUUAUUAAUUUGAUAUGUUCAUUAUUAACUCGGUCUUUUAGUGGAGCUCAGGUUGGAUGAGGUUCUGUCAGACCAUCAUGGGUCAGUAGAGAGUCCUGCCAAAGGUUUCACUGAGGACUUUUGGGUGUCUUCAGUUUGUGGAGCUCUAACUGUUCUACACACAUUUACUAAUAUGUUAGUGGAUUUGUUCAAACAUGGUUUGGAGCAACUAAUUGACCCUGAACAGUCUGUGUUGUCGUGCUCUAAGAAUUAAAGAAAUCAAUGAUCAAAACCACCUGAAAACCAGCUUUGAAGAGUUUUCACUGCCGGCAGAUGGUCAGUAUACACCACACUAUCUAGUGUCUCAGAAAUAGAAGGGGACUGUUUGGAUCACAGUGGCUGUUUCAGGCUUUUGUCCAUUGAGGAUAACAGAGAAGAUGAGCAGAAGAUCUGAGUCUUGAGCUUUGUCUUCAAGAUAGAUAGGGACUAUGUAGAUCUGAUAGUUUAAUGAUUUGAUUUCACCACCAGAGGGCGGCAGAGAAAACUAGUCUUGAUACUGACUUUGUUGUGAUGGGAGAAGCCAGGGUAGAAAAGCUGAUACAGGAGAGAUGAGCUCUCCUCUCCUGGUUCUGGUACUGACUCAAAUGUGUGUGUGUGUGUGUGUGUGGUUCCUCUGACAGGGUGAAGAUGGUCUCCAGGUUCCUGCUGCUCAUGGCUCUGAGCGUCUGUGUCUCUGGUUGGUUUCCACCUUCACUUUCUUCUCCACAAAGAGAAAAGAGGAGAUCCACUUUGAGACUGACUGAAACACUUGAACACUUCCAUUAGAAAAGAUGUUGAAAGACUCACAUGUUCCUGUGUUUUUCUGCUCCUCUCUUUCCCUCUCUGUCUCCUCUACAGGAACACUUGUAGUCAAAGUGGCUCACAGAUCCUAUCAGGCAGAGGAGGACCAGGACCUCACCCUGGAGUGGACCUUCACACCCAAACCUGACAGCUCUCUGAAGACUCUGAACAUUUUCUGUUCCAUGGUCAACAAUCAGAAAGACUCAGUCCUGUUUCAUCUUCGUAAAGGAGUGGAGGUCCCACAGGCUCAGAGUAAAGAGUUUGUAGGACGAGUUCAGUGUGACAAAGAGGUCCUCAGAGAGGGACGGAUCAGACACCAUGUGUCCUCACUCAGGACUGAAGACUCAGGCUGGUAUCAGUGUCAAGUAAAUACAGAGUAUGGGAACAGUUUGGACAGAUGUGAUCUCAAUGUGACUGGUGAGUUAAAAUCAGAAGUCUGAAUUUGGUCAAUAAGAAGUUGAGACAGAGAAAUAAGUUUUGUUGUUUUUCUAACAGAGAGGACUCGGACUGUUGGUGAGCCUGAACCUGACAGGCAAACCUCAGGGAGUCGUGAAAGGAUCAGUCUCUACCCUGGACUGACAGCAGCAGCAGCAGCAGCAGCACCUAUACUCGUUGUUUUUAUUGGUUUAAUAUUUUACAGAAAUGAAGAAAGGUCUCAGAUUAUCCAAGCACAGGAGAAUCUUUUAAAAUUAGAUAAUGGGUGGUUUUACAGUUUUGUGUAA